CUCAUAGUCACAUUCAGGUUGCACACCUGUACAGAACUAUAUUAUGCUACCUGCUUCGAUGUUUCUCUAAUGCUCACGUUCUGGAACACUUCCAUCUAAAGACGGCUUUGCAUUUCUUUACAAGAAAACCCCAAGAUAGAAUGUUUUAAGUACGUAGGAUUAAUAUCACAGCGCACACUCUUUGUGCUGGUCACUUGAAAAUGACGCCUGUAUCGAAAGAAUCGAGAGAGAUAUAAAAUGGCGGGAGGAAGAAGAAGACGGCACCAUCGAUCGGCAGUCUAAGCAUUGCUCCUCCGCUUCUUGGUACAACUCCCAAGUAAUUUGGUAGGGAAGAAGAGAAAGGUGGCAAUGGCAGCGUCGAAGCGCAGAAGUGUCGUCUUGCUCGUCGUGGUCACGGCCGCGGUGAUGGCGGCAGUGCUGCAGCAGCCAGCGGAGGCGUUGAGGAGGCACCGUGCCGACUCCCGCGUGCUCUGGUUCCCGGGCACCAGGCGCAGCCCCAGCGGGUUCCCGGGCUUCCCCCGCGGCAGGCUUUCGCCGCCACCCUCGGGCAGGCUGUCGCCGCCGUCGGUGCCAGCCGGCAGGCUCACGCCGCCGUCUCCGUCGGCUCCACCCGCGCCCGGCGGCUCGCCGCCGUGCGGCGCCGGGAGGCAGCAGGCGCCGCUUCCCGGCUUCCCCGGCAUGCCGGGCGCCGCGUCGCCGCCUUCGUCUCCGACGGACUGCGUGACGCCGCUGGCCGGUCUGAUGACGUGCGCGACGUUCCUGACCGGGAGCGAGGCCGACACGCCGACGCCGCAGAGCGAGUGCUGCGGCGGUCUGGGCAUGUUCCUCAACAGCUCGGCGGCGACGGACGACCGGUCGCUGCGGUGCCUGUGCCCGGUGAUCCUCGGCGACGUGAACCGCAUGCUCCCCAAGCCCAUCGACCCCGUCCGCAUGAUGUACCUCCCCAUCGCCUGCGGCGUCGUCCUCCCGCCGCAAGUCCUCUUCAUCUGCUUCACUGGGCAGCCCACGCCGCCGGUGGUGACGCGGAUUCCGGAAUCCUGGGAGAAAUCGUCCACUUCAUCAGCCUUGUCGCCCUGAUUUGGUGCCGAUCGGAUUUGGUUUCAAACAGAACUAUGCUCGGAUAUAACACAUUUCUAUGUAUCAAGUUUAAGAUUAUAGCAUCAGAAAAUAGGCAUGGACUUGCAACCAUCAGAGUCAUGUCUGAGUUGUGGUGUACUGCUGAUCGAUGUAAUAGCUAGCGUGAUUUCUUUUUUUCUCAUUAUCAAGAUAUAUCAAAACAAAUACAGAACAUAAGAG